AUGGAUUACUGCCACAUGAUCGUCUCGCUGCUCUUCGUGCUCUGCCCGGGGCUGCUGCCGGCAGCCCCCGGAGCCGAGGUGGACGCCGCGCCGCCCCCCGCCGCCGCGCACCGCCGCGCCCGGCGCUGCUCCUGCUCCUCGCUGAUGGACGAGGAGUGCGUCUACUUCUGCCACCUCGACAUCAUCUGGAUCAACACCCCCGAGAAGACUGUUCCAUAUGGUCUUGGAGGCCCUUCUCGACCCAGAAGAUCACUGAAGGACCUGGUGCCGGAGAUGCUCACUGAACCAAGCAGCAGAUGCCGAUGUGCCAACCAGAAAGACAAGAAAUGUUUGAACUUCUGCCAAGCGGGCGAAGAUCUCUGGGCUCAGUCCACAAUGGAGAAAACCUCAAGGCAACGCAUCAAAGCCAGCAAUUGCAGUGGACCCAAAUGCACGAACCGACAGCUUGUUGACAGCAAGAAAAUGAAGCGGCUGGAAGCCAUUGGUAACAGUAUCAAAGCUUCCUUCAAUAUCGCAAAGCUGAAGGCUGAGCUCCAGAAAGGGCGAAAACUCAAACAUAACAGGGCAAGCAAAAGGCAAAAUGUCCGGGAAAGCCUGAAAGCAUCCUAG